AUGGGUAAUAAUUAUAAAUAAAUCAUUUCUCUAACUGAAUUGGCAUGUUUAAAAUUCACAAAAGUUCGUUUAUAGAUUCCCAAUUAAUAUACAUUAACAAAUUAAUAUGUUGUGUAAUAUUUUUAAAAUUUUUGCGAUUAAUAUAAAGAUCAUAUGAAACCACUUAUACCUUCAAUUGGAACCCAGAAUAUUCCAACAGAUAAAAUUGAUUCCUAUAUCUCAUAUAUGGUAUUGACAGCCUGA